CCUCUGCUCGCUUCGUGUCCCACGUGCUUCCGGCGCGGCAGCGGGCGGCGACACUCCGGGCUCCCGGCGCAGUGAUCACCUUUCACCAUGCAUCGGAAGAAAGUGGAUAACCGGAUCCGGAUCCUUAUAGAAAAUGGGAUGGCGGAGCGGCAGAGGUCCCUGUUUGUUGUGGUCGGAGAUAGAGGAAAGGAUCAGGUGGUCAUUCUUCAUCACAUGUUGUCCAAAGCAUCUGUGAAGGCACGGCCGUCGGUUCUCUGGUGCUAUAAGAAAGAGCUGGGAUUUAGCAGUCACCGGAAGAAAAGAAUGCGACAGCUACAGAAAAAAAUCAAGAACGGGACGUUGAACAUCAAGCAGGAUGACCCCUUUGAGCUCUUCGUAGCUGCCACCAACAUUCGUUAUUGCUACUACAAUGAGACACACAAGAUCCUGGGCAACACCUUCGGCAUGUGCGUUCUCCAGGAUUUUGAAGCCUUAACUCCGAACUUGCUGGCCAGGACUGUGGAAACAGUGGAAGGUGGUGGGCUGGUGGUUAUCCUCCUGCGGACCAUGAAUUCACUCAAACAGUUAUACACGAUGACCAUGGACGUGCAUUCCCGAUACAGGACCGAGGCUCAUCAGGAUGUGGUGGGGAGAUUCAAUGAGAGGUUCAUUCUCUCCCUGGCCUCUUGCAAGAAGUGUCUCGUCAUCGACGACCAGCUCAACAUCCUGCCCAUCUCCUCUCACGCUGCCAGCAUCGAGGCCCUACCCCCCCAGAGCCAGGACGAGAACCUGGGCCCUGCUGACCUGGAGCUGAGGGAGCUGAAGGAGAGCCUGCAGGACACGCAGCCUGUGGGUGUGCUGGUGGACUGCUGCCGGACCCUGGACCAGGCCAAGGCAGUCCUGAAGUUCAUCGAGGGCAUCUCAGAGAAGACACUGCGGAGUACGGUGGCUCUCACCGCAGCCCGCGGCAGGGGCAAGUCUGCUGCCCUGGGCUUGGCGAUGGCUGGGGCAGUGGCUUUUGGGUACUCCAAUAUCUUCGUCACCUCCCCCAGCCCAGAUAACCUCCACACGCUGUUUGAGUUUGUGUUUAAAGGGUUUGACGCCCUGCAGUAUCAGGAGCAUCUAGAUUAUGAAAUUAUCCAGUCUCUAAAUCCCGAAUUUAACAAAGCUGUGAUCAGAGUGAACGUAUUCCGAGAACACAGGCAGACCAUUCAGUAUAUCCAUCCUGCGGAUGCUGUGAAGCUGGGCCAGGCUGAGCUGGUCGUGAUCGACGAAGCUGCCGCCAUCCCCCUGCCACUAGUGAAAAGCCUCCUGGGGCCCUACCUUGUCUUCAUGGCCUCCACCAUCAACGGCUACGAGGGCACCGGUCGCUCCCUGUCCCUCAAGCUGAUCCAGCAGCUUCGCCAGCAGAGCGCCCAGAGCCAGGUCAGCACCACCGCGGAGAACAAGACCACCACCACUGCCAGACUGGCUUCAGCGCGGACGCUGCAGGAGGUCUCCCUGCAGGAGUCGAUCCGCUAUGCUCCUGGUGACGCCGUGGAGAAGUGGCUCAACGACCUGUUGUGCCUGGAUUGCCUCAAUAUCACGCGGAUCGUGUCGGGCUGCCCCCUGCCGGAAGCCUGCGAGCUCUACUAUGUGAACAGAGACACCCUCUUCUGCUACCAUAAGGCCUCCGAAGUUUUCCUGCAGCGGCUUAUGGCCCUCUAUGUGGCUUCUCAUUACAAGAACUCUCCCAACGACCUCCAGAUGCUUUCCGACGCACCUGCCCACCAUCUCUUCUGCCUUCUGCCUCCUGUGCCUCCCACCCAGAACUCCCUUCCCGAGGUGCUGGCUGUUGUGCAGGUGUGCCUCGAGGGGGAGAUUUCUCGCCAGUCCAUCCUGAACAGCCUGUCUCGGGGCAAGAAGGCUUCGGGGGAUCUGAUUCCCUGGACAGUGUCCGAGCAGUUCCAGGAUCCGGACUUCGGCGGCCUUUCUGGGGGACGGGUGGUCCGCAUCGCCGUGCACCCGGAUUAUCAGGGGAUGGGCUACGGCAGCCGAGCCCUCCAGCUGCUGCAGAUGUAUUACGAAGGCCGCUUCCCCUGUCUGGAGGAGAAGGUCCUUGAGGCGCCACAGGAGAUCCACACUGUCAGCCAGGAGGCUGUCGGCUUGCUGGAGGAGGUCGUCACGCCGCGGAAGGACCUGCCACCCUUGCUCCUCAAACUGAACGAGAGACCGGCUGAGCGCCUGGACUACCUGGGCGUGUCCUAUGGCCUGACCCCUAGGCUCCUCAAGUUCUGGAAACGAGCAGGAUUCGUGCCUGUCUAUCUGAGACAGACUCCGAACGACCUGACGGGGGAGCACUCAUGUAUCAUGCUAAAGACGCUGGGCGAAGAGGAGGCAGCUGACCAGGCCUCCUGGCUCGGGGCCUUUUGGAAAGAUUUCCGGAGACGCUUCCUGGCCUUGCUGUCCUAUCAGUUCAGCACCUUCGCUCCUCCCCUGGCUCUGAACAUCAUUCAGAACAGGAACAUCAGGAAGCUGGAACAGCCCGUGCUGCGCCGGGAUGAGCUGGAGGCCCUGUUCCUCCCCUACGACCUGAAGCGGCUGGAGAUGUACUCGCAGAACAUGGUGGACUACCACCUCAUCAUGGACAUGAUCCCCGCCAUCUCCCGCCUGUACUUCCUCAACCAGCUGGGGGACCUGGCCCUGUCUGCGGCCCAGUCCGCUCUUCUGCUGGGCAUCGGCCUGCAGCAUAAAUCCGUGGACCAGCUGGAGAAGGAGAUCGAGCUGCCGUCGGGCCAGCUGAUGGGCCUUUUCAACCGCAUCAUCCGCAAAGUGGUGAAGCUAUUUAAUGAGGUACAGGAAAAGGCUAUUGAGGCACAGAUGGUGGCAGUGAAGGAUGUGGUCAUGGAGCCCACUAUUAAGACCCUGAGUGAUGAUCUGGAUGAAGCGGCCAAGGAGUUCCAGGAGAAACACAAGAUAGAAGUGGGGAAGCUGAAGGGCCUGGACCUCUCGCAAUAUAUAAUUCGUGGUGACGAUGAAGAGUGGAAUGAAGUAUUAAACAAAGCUGGACAGAAUGCUUCCAUCGUCACCCUCAAAAGCGAUAAGAAAAGGAAGUUGGAGGCCAAAACUGAACCCAAACAGAACAAGAAACCAAAGAAAAACAGAGAUGCAAAGAACAGAAAAGAUACAAAACUGAAGCGGAAGAAGUAGCGGCGAUGCAGGGUCCUGGCGGGCAGCUUGUGAGGAGCCGGGACUCGCACUGCCCCGGCCGAGCUGGGUGGAGACCUGCACUGCGGGAACCUCGCCAGCCUGUCACACUCAGGCCGCCAGACACCGCCUGUGGCCACGCUCAGUUUCAGAGCCGUCUGCUGUGGACUGACAUGUGGGCCUGCGGGGGUCCAUCUCCAGCCCAGACUGCGGGGUCCUCACACACCAGCUCUGUCCCUUCUCAGGUCUUUGCUCCCCGGCUUUUGGACCCCACUUGGGAGGCUCCGAUGGGCCCUAUCCAGCACAGUGCCUGGGUCAGCCGACAGACAACCACGCCCGCCUCCUUGCAGGCCUGCUGCCUGCGGACACAGAAAACCCUCACCUGGGUCCAGGCAGGACACGGUGGGACUCAUGGUUCGUCCGGUCCUAGGACAAAAGGAUGGGAAGGGCCAGUCUGUUAGCUCGGAUCAAGGAGGGCUCGAUGCUAU